CUUUAUGUUGUACUAUCCUGCUGUGUAACGAGGUCGGAGAAGACUUUUCCUCUUUGUCCUCCCCCCUUUUCCUGUGUAAUGGUUCGGUCUGGCAAUGUAUUAGCAUUGUAUGAUGUAGUUAUUGGCUGGGGAAGGAAGGAACCAUAGCUGGAGGGGGGGAGAGGUGAGUGACAAGUUUGUAUCCGGGCUCUGUGUGCCAUCGCUCCGCCACUACCAUGUUAGGAGGAGGGGGGCUCUGCGCGUGUUUGUGUUUACUUUGUUGUAGUUUAGUUGGAUUGUAUGUUGUGCCCCCCGGGCAGUGCGGAGUUGGUAUGAUCCAGCAGAGUGAGUGGGAGAUGAUGAUGAUGUAGGUAGGGGAUGUCCAUGCUGGUGUAGUAAUGAGGAGAGAGAAGAAGGGGACCAGGGGACGUUUCCUACAGGAGGACACAGGGGCACCAUGGCUGAAGAGGAGCAGUUUGUGAACAUUGACUUGAAUGACGACAAUGUGUGCAAUAUCUGCAAGCUGGGCACGGACAUCGAGACCCUGUCAUUUUGCCACAUCUGCUUUGAGCUGAAUCUCGAGGGGUUCCCCAGGUCUGAUCUUCUGCACACCAAGUCUGUACGGGGGCACAAGGACUGUUUUGAAAAAUAUCAUAAGAUUGCAAACCAAGACUGUUCCCGUUCCAAACUCACCAAAAGUCCCUAUGAGGAGGUCAAGACCAUCUUGAGCAAAAAGAUCGGCUGGAUUGUCCAGUAUGCACAGAAUAAAGAUUUGUAUGUGGAUACAGAGUGUUCCAAACCGACCCAGCAAAAGCUUUAUAAGUUCAGGCAGCUGAACGACCGGUCCCUCCUUCCCCAGUAUGACUCGCAGGUACCCCGCUACUCUGAGAAAUGGCUGGACGCGGGAGCACGCAGCCUGUCUAGCUGUAGACAGGGAGUCCUGGAACAAAGCAACUCUCUUCAGAAUCCUAGGACUGCUUACUGCCAUGGCCAGCUGUGGCCCAGUAGCAGCCAAUCACAGUCGAGUGAGAACUCCGCCUUGGAAUCUAGACCCGAUGCACAACGAAGAUAUCAGCAUUACAGCAAAGAACAAUUGAGUUUGAUGAGCACAGAAGAACUGGGACGAUUAAAGGAACAUUUCCUCCGGCAAAUUGAAGAUGUGUUUGAAGACCUCAGCUGCGUUGUUCAAGAGAAGGAUACUUUGUCAGCGGAACUCCACGGGCGUCACAUUGCCAUAGAGCAACUUGUGAAGAACUGUUCAAAGCUACCUGGUCUCCAGAUGGGUCGGGCAGGAAUGAAAGGAAUGAAUUAAUAUGACAAUCAAUAACUAGUACAAGCAAAGUUUGGUUGCACAGCAAAAAACGCCACCCAGUCAGCCUCCAGCAAACAACCAUAGACUUGUCUAUUUAGAGUCUUGCUACACCUCCGUUUUUUUCUUCCUGUAAGGAAGAUGGAAGCUUUAUACAAAGAUAAACUGUGGUUGGCAUUUCACUUCUUAUUACAUGAUGGAUAUAUAUAUAUGCUAAAGCCAUUCCGUGUUUGUGGAAUGGAAUUUUUACCAACUUCAUACAGAAAAUAUUUUUCUAAAGAUAUUUAACUUGUGAUUCGAGAAGACGAUUCGCGACUCUCAAGUCCCUUGCACAUUAUAUGGAAGAUGUAGAUAUGAGGACAGAGACAAAGUUAGUGGAGGCUGUGCUUGGCCUCCUAUCGGCAGGCUGUUUUUGUUGGAUAUCUUUUAUGGCUCCAUCUUUCAAACUUUGAGGGUCUCUGCCUUUUUGCUCCUUUAAAAGCAUUUAAGAUGUCACCUUUACAACUGGCAAGUAUUGCGACAGACCAUGCAGCCUCAGUGCCUAUUUGAAAACAUUGUGGAGAUGUCGUGGGUUACAUUUUUAAAGUUGCAUCUUGUUCUUCCAAAAAGCAGCGCUGGUCUGUCUUAACAUUUUAAAGAAAAUGCAUAUUGUCUACUAGGGCUCAUAUGUGGGUGCUUUUGGUGUACCCUUGGGUGCUUAUCCUGUGAUCAUGAUCCGUUUGCGUAUUGUUGCUCUUUCUGGUAGCCGAGACCUUGAACGCUGCAAGUAGAGUUCCUUAAGCCCUACAUAUGCAUACAGCAAUAAACCUGAGAAUGCUUAGUAAAGCAGGACAACAACCUGAAGAACUGUAGUGUCUGUGGGUAUUUUCACGAUGGACUGCUAAUCUGCAGAAGUUGGAGGGCUAAGUUAUGUGAUCUAUUUACUGACUCUUGGAAUUGGUCAUAUGAUAGAUUUUCUUUUGCCACUUCUUUGAAUAUGGGUUUCCCCUUCCAGGCUGCCAAUAAUAAGGGUCGUUGUUGAUGGGCUUUGGGCUUGUGUCAAUGACGUGAGUUUAACUUAAAGGAGAAGAAUGGCUGAAAGCUUUGUUGGCUAUACUUCUCCUGUGGGUCACCAGUGCAGUUCAUUUUGCACUCCUGUAGCCCGUUGUCGGCUGAGGUCCGAGUCGGUCCAAGCUUUGAAAAGGUCCCCACCAUAUGGCCAGGACCCGCCCAGAAUCCUGGACCGGCAGCUGGCUCUGCCUCUUCUGUCCCCUCCACUACUACUGUAGAGGAGUAUGAUUUUUAUUUUAUUUUUUUGUUUUUCUGAUUCCCAUACUUCUCUUUUAAGUUGAAGACACUUCCGAGAUCAUUCAAAAUUUUGACCUGCAGUUGACCGCCUUAUGGCCAGCAUUCCCAUAGACUUGUAUGAGAAUGCAAAACACAUUUUAAGUAAGCAAAGCCUUUCAACACAGGCUCUCAUGGAGCUCAUCAAAAAGUAAGACAUAUUGGAGAUUUCCAAAUGAAAUGCGAUCAGAUUUUUUUCUUUGUUGCAUCUCCUACUGCUAAAAUCUAUGUAGUGACACAAACGCAGAGAUCUGUUGGUUCUUUGAGAAUUUUGGUGGUUGGAAAAGUUUACUUAAAGUGGUUGUAAACCUCAGUCAUGAAAUAUGAACAAAGCAUAUCCCUCUAUAGCAGUGGUUCUCAACC